AUGUCUUUGCUGUCGUUUUUCAUCUUUGUAAAUGUCCUAUUGAAUUCAUUGACUGUGGGUGGAAGUAUCGUUUGUCCAUCAGCAUAUUAUUCCAUUUUGAAUGGAUGUUAUAAAAUAAAUAAUGGAACAAAAAUGACAUGGUCUGAUGCACAACAAUACUGUCUCAAUGAUUCCAGCUCGAUCGUAACGAAUAAAACAGGUUUCAUCACUCAUCUCGCGUCAUUCGAAUCGGCGCCCGAACCAACAGCAAUUAUUUACUGGAUGAAAGCUUGGGGUAUCGAAACUCAAUUUUGGAUAGACGGUGUCGCUGCCACAGGAACAUGGAGUUGGUCAAAACAAGCCAUAGUGUGGUAUUUCAAUACAAGUGACCAAUUGAUUGUUGGUAAUGGAUCGAAUUAUCGAAUAGUCUACAGUUCAAGUGCAAACACGUACCAAGUGACUGACGAUGUUAACAGUAAAUUAUCCAACUUCUUAUGCGAAUAUCAAGAGCGGUGCGCAGCAAAUAAUUCGUGUAAAAAUAAUGCCACAUGUUAUUUAAAUGUUGGACGCGAACUUUGCGUCUGUCCAGCAGGAUAUACAGGCGCUGUUUGCGAUCAAGAAAUUGAUGAAUGUUUAUCGUCACCAUGUCAGCAUGGUGGAACUUGUCAAGACGCGCUUAAUAAUUAUACAUGUGAUUGUUCAACGAUAUUCUUCAAUGGGCCUAAUUGCGAAACACCAAAAGUAGAUACAACUAAAGGUCAACGUUCGGCGGCAUUCUGGUCCGUUUUCGGCGUCGUGUGUGGUUUAGUCGUACUCUUAACUUUAUCGGAUUUACCUUGGGAUGAUAUCUGUUCAGCAAUUGGGUGUCCUUGGUACCGUUUUAAAUGCUGUUCAGAUGACGAUGGCGACGACGACGAUGAGGUUCAUAUGAAUAACUCGAACCCACCUGAUAAAGAACAUCCUACUGUUAAAGAACAAGUAUCCAUAGCCGGUAAAACAGGUAAAAGUGUGAAUUAUCACGUUAUGAACGCAGUUUGGAAUCCUGAGCAAUUACAAAGUGAUACAACAGGCAACGCACAAGUCAGUGGUUUGAUCACACCAAACCAACAAACAACGCCCAAUAACGUACUGAUUCAGUCAUUCGCUGCCGUUGUUUUAGCAAAACAAAGACAAAAUGAAUUGGAGGAAAAACGUGUUUAUGCUGUGGAUAUUCUUCCACAAGGCGAUUUGCCAGCUGCACAAAAACGUCCAGUUGAUACGAUGAUGACUUGGACGCAACAAUUACAAGAACAGUUAAAAAACAAGCAAUCACGUCCGACAAGUACAGACUCCAGCAAAGAAUUAGUUCAUUCGGAAGUUAAAGAUGAAUAUUAA